AUGGCGCCCAAUUUGGAGAUAAGCCUGUCUGACCCAAAGAGGGUGAUCCAGGUUUACCCCAGUGAGCUCCGCUUCCCCUUUCUGCCAAACACGAUGUUGUCAGCUUCGUCCUCAAUCAAGCUAAUCAACCCCACGGAUAACUAUGUCGGUGGUCAAAUAUGGCAUAGGAAAGAGUUGAGCGUCGUUCUUUACCCAGUAGAUCAACAAGAGUCCCCUGACGGUAUGCCACAUACUAAGGAGCUGAUCCAAGUCAACCCCCAUUGGCUCCGCUUUCCAUUUGUUCCAGACGCGAGUAAUUCAGUUAAAUCUUUAAUUAAGGUAGUUAACAAUACAGACGACUACAUCGCUUUCCUUGGAAGGUACACUUCGACCAAUGUGGCAGAAUACACCAUGAGACCCAGCAACGGAAUCCUGCCACCAAGGUGCACACAAAAUCUCGUGGUAAUGAGGACAACAAAGGAGGGGCUUCUACGGAGCACUGAAUGCAAUGAUAUGGUCUUUCUGUUCAGCACCAUUGUGAGCGAGGAUUUCCAAACCAACGAUCUUCCAGAAUUCUAUGAAACAAAGGCCGGAGUUAUAUGGCAUAAGGUGGAGUUGCGCGUUCAUCUUGAAGUCGGCGCCCAGUUGCAGCCUACAGAUUUUAUGCCAGAUACUGAGGUGAGAUCCACAGAUGACCAUAUGGCGUUACAAUAUUUUAAACACAUCACAAACAACUUCUUCACUGAGAGAAUAAUUGGUAGAGGUGGUUUUGGUGUGGUAUAUAAGGGAGUGCUAGGAAAUGGGAAAAUGGUCGCGGUGAAGAAGCUUGUGCAGUCCAUGUCAAGCUCGCAGGAGCAAUUUGAGAAUGAGGUUAAUCUUCUGAUGAAAGUAAAACACCCAAAUAUAGUUCAACUAGUAGGCUACUGUUAUGAAACACAACAUUUACGCAACCAUCACGAAGGAAAAUUCAUUUUUGCCGGGAGCACUGAAUGUUUGCUUUCCUUGGAGUUUUUACCAAAGGGAAGUCUUGAUAAGUACAUUUCAGAUGCAUCCACUGGACUUGACUGGCCCACACGCCUCAAAAUAAUCGAGGGAAUUUCCUAUGGUCUACAGUACCUCCACGAGCAAUCCGAUGGUCCCAUUAUUCACUUGGACCUAAAACCCGGGAACAUAUUGCUUGAUGAAAAUAUGAUACCAAAAAUCACAGACUUUGGUCUGUCAAGACUGUUUGAUCAAAAACAAACUUUUCACACUGUCCUUAUUAGUGGAACACUAGGUUAUAUGCCACCAGAAUACCUACGAGGUACAAUCACACCUAUGUCAUACAUAUUUGGUUUGGGUGUGAUUAUCAUGGAGGUGAUAACGGGGCAUAGGGACUACCCAUAUGAUAUCAAAACAUCUUCCAGCGAAUUCAUCGAACUUGAACUUCAAAAAUGGAGAAAUGUGAUGCAAAAAGAAUCAGGGUAUACAUCGCUCGAAAUAAAUUGCCAACAAAUAACAAGAUGCAUCCAAGUAGGUCUAAUAUGUGUGAAUCCUGAACGGACGAAAAGACCUACAAUGAAGAAAAUUAUUGAUCUGCUUCAAGGUUUGGAAAGUAUGGAUUGGUAUAUUAGCAACGAGGUAACAUCACUAGCAUACGGUGUAUUAAAGUGCCAGGGCUUCCUGUGCAGCCGCGAGCGUGCGUCCCCCGCAGACGCCGACGCCGGCGCCAAGCCGCCUCCCCCUCCCCUCCCUCCCUGCCCGCCAUGUCUGCUGCUGGCCUGCUCGGCCCCUCGAGACCGCGCCGUCCAGGGCGCCUCUCCCCUCCUCGGCAGUGCGAGCAGGGGCGAGUGCCCUCCCCCCUCCGGCCUCCGUCCUCUGCCUGAGCUGCCUCGCCGCGCCGCGGAGGGACGCUGGGUCGAGCUCGCUGCUCGCCUGCUAAUCUGCUCCGGUGCUCCUGUUCCUCUCGAGUCCUCAAAAAUUGCAUGUGCUGGACUGAACCUGAAUGAUGCAUUUUGUAACAGAAGAUGA